AUGGCCCUCUGCUCGCUACGCCGCCACCGGCUGCCGCUGCCGCUCCUCCUUGCUGUCUUGUUUGCCGCUUCCCGCGGCGAUCCUUCCGACGACGAUUACAAGUACAACCCCUCCAUAUGCAAGCUCCAACCAUACGCAUGCGGCAAAGUGAAUAUCAGCUACCCGUUCUAUCUUUCCAAUGAAACGGCAGAUGUCCUUGGCAACAGCAACUCCUCCUGCGGCUACCCUGGGCUGGCAAUCGACUGUGUGGACGACAAGUAUCCCACCAUGCAACUUGGCAGCAGCAGCAGCGACACAGGCUACUACUCGUACAACGUGACGGGCAUCAAUUACAAUUACAACAGCUUCACCAUCUCCCUCGUCGACCCGGAUGUGCUCGAUGAUCAGAGCAGCUGCCCAUGGGUCGACCACAACGUCACCGUUUCGCCAACCUUGUGGCUGAGCUCAGAGUACACCGUUGGUUACCUCCUCUUCUUCGCCAACUGCUCCGUCGCCACCGUCCCUGGACAGCCUACCAUCCAGCCGAUUGCAUGUGCAAGCGACGGUGGUGUAGAUGAUUAUUCUUUUGUGAUUCCUUCAGAGGUGCCCUACCAAAAUUUAUCGCAGGAUUGCAAGCAAGUUACCCAAGUGCCGGUGCUUCAGAACGCCUCCCUGCAGAUGAAUUCGCAGUGGAGCACCAACGGGUAUAGGAACGUUCUCAAACAGGGUUUCCAGUUGGAACUCAACUUGAGCCGGAGACCCGAAGAGUGCACCAAGUGCGAGACAUCUAGUGGACGGUGUGCCUACAGCAGCGGUGGGGAAUUUGAGGCUUGUCUGUGCACCGACGGGCGAGCGCACGGCCAGGAAUGCACCAACCGUGACGGUCCAGUACUGUAA